UUUUGUAGAGUUCUUCAUAGAGUCAUUAUGGAGAACUCCUUGUUAUGUUAUUACCUAAGGGCGGUCAGCCCGUGGGCCGAGUACCUCCGCACUGCUGUGAGUGUGGGCAUGCUGUACGUGUGGGCUGGUGUGAGCGGUGCCAGGGCACAUGUCGGCCAUGCCAGCCUAGCGUGCGAUCGUGCCCGGUUAAUGCACCCCGUCCUGAUUUCCCGCCACCCACUGGCAGGAGAAACACUAUCAAAAAGAACAAUGAGGCACAAUCAGAGCUACUGUCACACUCCUAGCACGGUAACGGUUCACAUGAAGAACGGAUCCAGACCUUGUCAGAAAAAUCUUAACUUAAAACGACAUAUUCUUAAAGAAAAUCAAGGCAAAACUGAAAGAAUUGGCUACGGUACUGCUAUCAAAUGGGUAAAGGGCCCCUGUUUAAUAAUACAGCGUAAGGAAAUGACAGCUUUUUUUAAACUGUUUGACGAUGACUUGAUUCAAGACUUCUUGUGGAUGGAUUGUUGUUGUAAAGUAGCAGACAAGUAUCUUUUGGCAAUGACCUUUGUUUAUUUCAAGAGAGCUGGAUUCACUAUAAGCGAGCACACCAGAAAUAAUUUCUUUGUUGCUUUGUAUUUGGCAAACACAGUGGAAGAAGAUGAGGAAGAACCCAAGUAUGAAAUUUUCCCAUGGGCUUUAGGGAAAAGUUGGAAGAAGCUUUUUCCAGACUUUCUAAAACUGAGAGAUGAACUGUGGUCAAGAAUUAACUAUAGAGCGGUGGUCAGUAGACGUUGCUGUGAAGAGGUUAUGGCAAUCGCCCCAGCACAUUAUAUCUGGCAGCGGGAGCGCUCAGAGCACCAUAGCGGUGCAGUUAGAAAUUAUAGUAAAGCAGGUGCAAACUAUCCACGAGGUCCUUCGGCAACACCACAGGAUUGUACACUUUGUGGUAAGAAAGGAAGGUAUAUCGACUUGGGCUUAUCCACUUCAUCUUCAUCCUCAUGUACCACGUUGUACAUGAAAGAACAGAUUGUUCCACAGCAUUCACCGCGGUCAGGAGACAACAUGGUUACCGAUGUUCAGCAAUCCAAUACUUAUUCAGGGAUAACCUAGAAGAUAAUUGGUGCAUUCUAAAUAGGUCCUGUGCAAUAAAGACAACAAUUGUUUUUUCUUGAUUUGAAUUUGGAUCCAGUGAUUACUAGUAUCCAAUCGAAAGAGGUGGACAAUCUACUAAACCCCAUUAUUUCUGGA